CGAGCUUAAAUCCUCCUCCUGGAAACCGUUAGCACCACUCACUUAUCCUCUGCGAGCUAUUUUUCCCAUCCCAUCGUCAAUUGAGCCGUGCAGAAUUCUCUCUUUCUUUCUCUCCCCGCUCGCAUCUCACUCUUCCUCUCACUUUUGGGAAUCCGAUCAUCACCACAAAACAAUCGGACACAGCUACACCUUCUGCCUCCUACCUCCUCCUACCUACCCCAUAGACUACCAAAUUGUCUUAUCUCUCACUAUCAGCACAUCUCACCUCAUCUCACCCGACCUCACCUCACCAAAAUGUCCAGCCAACCUCUCCUCCAAACCGCCCCAGGCAAGCGCAUUGCUCUCCCCACGCGCGUCGAACCCAAAGUCUUCUUCGCCAACGAGCGUACCUUCCUCUCCUGGCUCAACUUCACCGUCAUCCUGGGCGGUCUGGCCGUCGGUCUCCUCAACUUCGGUGACCGCAUUGGCCGCAUCUCCGCCGGCCUCUUUACCAUCAUCGCCAUGGCGGCCAUGAUCUACGCCCUGGUCACGUUUCACUGGCGCGCCCAGAGUAUUCGGAAACGCGGACAGAGUGGGAUUGACGAUCGCUUCGGACCGACGAUUCUGGCUCUCGCGUUGUUGGCAGCGGUCGUUGUCAACUUUAUUUUGAGGAUGGUCGGGGAGGAGUAAAUUCCUCUCUUGAAUUGUCGUUGGUUCUUGGGGGGUGGCUGGGAAAGAGGUUUGCGGGAAUUAGUGCUGGUCACUGAUUGAGGUGUGGAUAUCUCGUUAUGUAGAUGAAGGUGGAUUAGACUGGACUUCAGGUGGUCAACUAGGGGAUGGAUGGAUGGUGAGUCGUUGGGGGAAUGAUUUGUAUUCUUUUUUUCUUCUUCAUCAUUUGUUUGUGUUGAGCAUUCGUGGACGUUCGUCGCUUUCUUGUUUCUGUUUUUGUUUAUUCUAGACUGUGGCUUGGCAAAAGUAAAGUCAUCAAUAGUACCCAUCCAAGGUUUCACCUCAAGAGUCAUUCCAGA